UCCUAAUUUUAAACAUUUACUAGGAUUUUGCUAUGUGACCAUUAUAAAAGAAUGCAGCAGGAGUGCUCUUUUAAGGAAAGUAACUUAAUUAUGUGUUCCUAUAGUCCUUUGUACCCUUUCUUGAUUAUUUAUAUAGCUUAAUUUUUUUUUUUUUGGAACUAUAACUAGUUUUUAAUAAUUGGGAAGAAUUAAGAACUGAUUAUUUAUAGUUUCUUUAAAGAGAUGUUAUUUUAAAAUCUUUGAAAUACAGAAAGCCUGUAUAGACUACAUAUAUAAUUGUAAAAAUUUAAUAAUUGAUAGUCUGUUUUCCUUAUCCAGUUUUCCACCAACACAAUAAUGCAGUAUUUUCACUUUUCCUUUCCGUUCUAUUUUAAAAUUUAUGACACUGAAGUAACAAUACUUUCAUUAUUUAUACAUGCCUGUCUUGCAUUUGUGUUACCUUACAUCUAUAUGUUGGCCAGAUAAAUAGAUAACAGGAUUGAGAGAGAAAAGAUGUGCACUCCUUUAAAUAUCUUUGGGUCUUCCCUUCCUCCAGCCUGAAUGGUUCAGUACAAUUCUUGUUCUGUAAUAUUCCUCUUAUGAGACACCCUGUCCUGACCUUAACUAUUUGUAAAACAAACAGAGUUUACUGUUAUCUGUUAAUAAAGAACUCCAUAUUAAAUAAUGCAUAUAUUUUAUUAUAACCCCAUGGUUAAUCUAAGCAUCUCAUUUUCCCUCAUCCAUUUGACAUAUUGGAAUUUUUUAAAUGCCCCCAACCUGUUUUUAACUCCUUCAGUCAUUUACGUUAAUGUACAGUACCUGUUCCAGUUUACACAGGACUGGAGGGCUUCCCAGUUGUGGAACUUUGUGUAAACUGUGACAGUCCCAGCCAUACUGGGAGGCGUUGAUUGGUCAUCCUAAAGGAGGGCAGGAGAUACCAAGAGAAGUAGAGAGGCUGAAUAUUAAUAACUGUGAAAUCUGCAGUUUGUUACUGAUACUGAUCAUGUGUAUCUUUGGCCACCUGUGGCUAACAUAGUUUUAAGUCUUAUCUUUUUAAGAUUGUAAAAGGAUGAAAUUUUAUUAAGCUUUUUAAGAGAUUCCUGAAUAAGCCUUUUUCUCUGUUCACACAUUUACAGAAUAGGGGUAGCAUACUCACAGGGAAGCUGUGAAAAUCAGGGAGUAGGUUUAUAAAAUAUUUCAAUAUUAACAAGGUUUCCAGAUAUGCUAAUACACUAUGUAUUAUAAUAGUUGAGUAGGAAGAAGUCAUUUCCAAAGUCUUCUCUUUUAUCCAUUAAACUUUUCUUUCCCAACUCGAAGUAGGAGUGAUAAACAGAUACAAAGGCUAGUCUGUGAUUGAGUUGAUGUCCCCACAAAGAAAACCUGAAGCAGGAAGAACUCCCAAAGCAGUGAGUGUAGCAUUUAGGAGUUAGGGAGUCUUUUCUAGGGUGAAGUAUCUGUUAUUAGUGGUUCUUAUCUUCCUGAAUAGUAAUGUAUUUAUAUUUAUCAUGUUUCUCAUGGAUGAGUAAUAUGUACCUCAAAGGUAUAGUGAAGCAUAAAGACUAUUUUCUCAUCUCAAAAAGCUUACGUGGGGUCAGAUAACCAACAUAUAAGAAAUUAACUAUUAUUUACAACACUGUUGUAUUUAACUGUUAUAGGCAAUGAUUCAUGUGAGUACCUUCUUUCGAGUGGCAGAUUUCUUGGAGAGAAAGUUUGGCAACCUCACAGUUGUAUGAUGCAUAAAUACAAAAUCAGUGAAGCAAAGAACUGCCUUGUAGAUAAACAUAUUGCAUUUAUUGGAGAUUCCAGAAUUCGUCAAUUGUUUUAUUCAUUUGUAAAAAUAAUUAAUCCUCAGUUCAAAGAAGAAGGAAAUAAGCAUGAAAACAUUCCUUUUGAAGACAAGAUUGCAUCAGUUAAAGUGGAUUUUUUGUGGCAUCCAGAAGUUAAUGGUUCUAUGAAACAGUGUAUUAAAGUGUGGACUGAGGAUUCUGUUGCAAAACCCCAUGUGAUUGUAGCUGGAGCUGCCACAUGGUCUAUCAAGAUUCACAACGGCAGCAAUGAAGCACUUUCCCAGUAUAAAAUAAACAUUACCUCCAUAGCACCACUUUUAGAAAAAUUGGCAAAGACUAGUGAUGUUUAUUGGGUCUUACAAGAUCCUGUUUAUGAAGAUCUAUUAAGUGAAAAUAGGAAAAUGAUUACUAAUGAGAAGAUAGAUGCCUACAAUGAAGCUGCAGUCAGUAUUUUGAAUAGUAGCACCAGAAAUUCUAAAUCAAAUGUUAAGAUGUUCAGUGUUUCCAAAUUAAUUGCUCAAGAAACCAUCAUGGAAUCUUUGGAUGGCUUACAUCUUCCAGAAUCAAGCAGAGAAACUAAUGCAAUGAUCCUUAUGAACGUGUAUUGCAAUAAGAUCCUGAAGCCAGUAGAUGGUUCCUGUUGCCAACCUCUGCCUCCUCUGACGCUCAUGCAGAAGCUAGCUGCUUGUUUUUUCUCCUUAUCUAUUAUCGGAUAUUUAAUUUUUUAUAUAAUUCAUCGUAAUGCUCAUCGGAAGAAUAAGCCAUGUACUGAUUUGGAAAGUGGAGAGGAAAAGAAAAAUAUUAUCAAUACCCCUGUAUCUCCGUUAGAAAUACUUUUACAAUCUUUGUGCAAACUUGGCCUGAUUAUGGCUUAUUUCUAUAUGUGUGACCGUGCAAAUCUAUUUAUGAAGGAAAACAAAUUUUAUACACAUUCAACUUUCUUUAUUCCAAUUAUCUAUAUCUUGGUUUUGGGAGUAUUUUAUAAUGAAAAUACUAAAGAGACUAAAGUAUUAAAUAGAGAACAAACAGAUGAAUGGAAAGGCUGGAUGCAGCUUGUGAUUUUGAUUUAUCAUAUCUCUGGAGCAAGUACAUUUUUGCCUGUGUACAUGCACAUGCGGGUUCUGGUUGCUGCAUAUCUAUUUCAGACGGGCUAUGGGCAUUUCUCAUACUUUUGGAUCAAAGGAGACUUUGGAAUCCAUAGAGUAUGUCAGGUCUUAUUUCGUCUCAAUUUUCUGGUAGUGGUGUUAUGUAUAGUAAUGGAUCGGCCUUAUCAAUUGUAUUACUUUGUCCCCUUGGUCACUGUAUGGUUCAUAGUCAUAUAUGCUACUUUAGCAUUGUGGCCUCAGAUAAUCCAAAAAAAAGCAAACGGAAGUUGUUUCUGGCAUUUUGGCUUACUGCUGAAACUAGCUGUCUUGCUGUUAUGUAUAUGUUUUUUGGCAUACUCUCAGGGUGCAUUUGAGAAGAUCUUUUCUCUUUGGCCAUUGUCCAAGUGUUUUGAAUUGAAAGGAAAUGUAUAUGAAUGGUGGUUCAGAUGGAGGUUAGACCGUUACGUAGUCUUUCAUGGAAUGUUGUUUGCUUUCAUUUAUCUGGCUUUACAGAAGCGUCAAAUACUUUCUGAAGGAAAGGGUGAACCUCUUUUUUCAAACAAAAUUUCAAAUGUUCUAUUGUUUAUUUCAGUAGUUUCUUUCUUGACCUAUUCUAUCUGGGCUAGCAGUUGUAAAAACAAAGCCGAGUGCAAUGAGCUCCACCCAUCUGUUUCUGUGGUGCAGAUUUUAGCCUUUAUCCUAAUAAGGAAUAUUCCUGGAUAUGCCCGUUCUGUUUAUAGUUCAUUUUUUGCUUGGUUUGGAAAAAUUUCAUUAGAGCUUUUUAUCUGCCAAUAUCACAUAUGGCUGGCAGCGGACACAAGGGGCAUCUUGGUACUCAUACCUGGAAACCCUAUGCUCAACAUCAUUGUCAGCACUUUCAUAUUUGUCUGUGUGGCACAUGAAAUUUCUCAAAUCACUAAUGAUCUUGCACAGAUCAUUAUUCCUAAAGAUAACUCAUCUCUGUUGAAAAGGUUGGCAUGUAUAGCUGCAUUUUUUUGUGGACUCCUCAUUUUAACAUCCAUUCAAGAUAAAUCAAGACAUUAAGUUCCUAAAAUUCUAAAAAACUUUAACUCUUCAAGCUAACUUUGUGUCUUCUUAGAAGGGAAAAGCAUCUAUCUUGAGAUAUAAUUGUAUAUGUAAAUAAAACUUGUGUGGUAAGAGGACAGCUCAGUGAUAUCUGUUGAACAUGUCUGGUUGUAUAUACUAGAAAUGUACAUAUCCGAUGUGAAAUACUGACGCCAAGUGCAUUGUAUAGGACUGCAUGUGAAAAGUCUUUUCUAUGGAUCUAUAUUUCCAUUUAUAAGUGAUUUUAAGUUAACAUGUGAAGGCAGGGAAACAAUUACCUUUCCAGUAAAAAAACCAGAUGAUUUAAUUAGCUUAGUGUCACACUGUUUUGAUAUUUACUAAAUUUGUGGUAAUAAGAUUGUCUACACCUAUAUUCAUCAUGGAAAUUCCUAUUUCAUUGAAUACUUUCUCACUCAAGAGUGACUGCAGUGUUGUUUUCUUACCAUAUGUGCAAUGAUGUGGAGUGAUAAACAGUAUGCGUUUAAUUUAUGUGCUCUUGUUCUGUUGUUACGUCUCCUGACAUUUUUUUUUCUAACUGUGAUUUUCAGGUAUACAACCCUAAGUCUUUGUACCCUUUGUCUCACAGAGUUGUUCUAGGCUCCAUGACAGGGUUUUGUCACUGUUGAUGUUCCUUUUUUUUUUUUUUUUAAUAAAAAAGCCAAAUUUUCUUUCCAAUUCAAGCAUCACCUGUUUCCUUUCCUUAAGCUAUACCAGUGUAAUACCAGUUACCCUGUGGAUCCAUUUAAUAUGUUGUCCCCUGACUAAUUUUGUAUAUUAUUUCCAAUGUUUGGAAAGCUCUUUAUAACCAUUUUGUUAUUUCUUAUUAUGCCCCCCUAUUUUUAAAAAAUAUUUAUCAAUCUAAACUUGUGCAGUCUAGUAAAGAUUCAAGUUGUUAUGAUUGAGAUGUACGACCAUCUUUUAAGUAAACCGGUGACAUUGGACAAUAUAUGUUUUUUAUUUGGUUUGGUUUGGUGGUGUUACAGCUGUUAGAGGUAUAAAUUUAUUUAUGUGUUGUACAGAUUUUAUUACGACUUAAUGUUUGAAAGAUUGCACUUGUUUGCUCUUACUAUGUGUGGGGUAAAAUAUAUUUUCUGUUCAUCAUGUAUGAAAAUAUGGAAUAAUUUAAACAGUAAAUAAACAUUCUGUGGAUGCUUAUUUUUGUAUUGGCAAAGUAUCAAUUAAACUAUAUGUGUUCUUUUUUUAAAAA